AAGUGACAUCCAAUAAUGCGCUUACUGGUACUUCUUUGCGUCUUCGUUAGAAUCAUUCAAGCUGCACCUACAACAAAUACCAACACUAGCGACAAUUUUGAGGCCCCAACAUUCACGACCAGAACCAUAUGGUCCAUCAUCUCCAGCUCCGUUCUCACUCUAUUCGCGUGCAUAUACAGUGCUAUUCACCCUAAUGUUCCGAGUCUCAGGGACAGUACUGAUGGUAUCGUACGGCGGCGACUUGGGAUCAUGAUAAUGGCAUUAAUCACUCCUGAACUGAUCGUCACAUGGGCUAUGCGGCAGUGGUUCAGCGCCCGUCAAGUUACAAGACAGAUCGAGAAAUCGGGGUAUCCUAGUGUUUGUCCGGAGUCUGAAGAAAAGGAGUCUUUUGUAGCACCUGAGCAAUGCAAAAAUUGCAUCCUUCGCAUCCUUCUCAUAGUGAAAGGUGUAUCGUCUGUGCUGGCGUUUUUUCGGCAUUUCCCUGGUGCUCUCACGAGGUGGAUCAAAAGGUCGAUCAAGGCUUAUUUCUUAGAGAAAUCAGAAGAUUAUACGUGGACUCAGACGCACAGCUUCUUUGUGCUGAUGGGUGGUUUCAUGCUUUAUGUGGAUGGGAAACCCUAUCACACACUACGGCACGACAAGGUCCUCGAGCUGAUACGUAAAGAGUGUAUCGAUGCCCCUACCCUAACGGCAAACCAGAUCCAUGACAAGAGCAAAGGAAAUGCGAUCUCGAAAGGAUUGAUCAUCCUUCAGGUGGCCUGGUUUGUUAUGCAGCUCAUUACCCGUGCCAUCUAUCACCUCGAAACCACCCAGCUCGAAGCGGGGACUCUCGCUUUUGCAGUUCUCAAUUUCCUCACCUAUGCCGUAUGGUGGAACAAGCCUCUCAAUGUACAAUGUCCACAUCCGGUAUACUGGAAGUCGACCGAGUCAAGACCAGAGAAUCACAAUAUUGAUGAGCCUGACGUCCAUGAAAGCUACCAUGGCGCUGGAUGGAUGAUCUUGGGACCAGUCUUCGUCUCAAUUGCAGAACUGAUAGGCUUGCCUUACAUGUCCACAUCUCGAAAGCUCCGAGUUCCAACAUUUGAUGGCAGCAUCAACCUCGAAGGUUCGGACAAGAGGGUCCUUCUGCUUUCUGGAUUGCUUAUGGCAACCAUAUUUGGCGGCAUUCAUUGUAUGGCUUGGUUUUUUACCUUCCCCACGUACCAGGAACAGGUGCUAUGGCGCAUGAGCGCCAUCGCUAUAACUUUCACACCCUGGGUUUGUUUUCUUGUGGGUGUCAUACACAGUUUAAUACCGCAGGUCGUUCAGGUUGUAUGUAUCCUGACUGCUGUUGUAUCUGUCACAUUGUACAUCACAGCUCGUGCUGUCCUCUUGGUACUCAUGUUCACUACUUUACGCAAUCUUCCUCCUGACGCAUACAAGGCGGUGUCAUGGACCGGUUCAGUGCCGCACUUAUAA